AUGUCCACCAAGAGGAAGAAACCAGUGGUGGUGGAAAGGAUCCUCUCCAGGAGCUUGGAUCUGCUUCAACCACCAAUCACCUUUGUCCUCUUGUUUGCCAAGACUCUGCAGACGGACUCCUUGGACCUUCCCCAGCAUUCCCAGGGGUCCUCUGAGGUCCUCGAUCACCUCGAGGACCACCUGAAGAGAUCCCAAUACUUCCGAUUCCUGUGGUUCCCUCACAGCGAGAACGUCAGUGUCAUCUACCAGGAUCCCACCAACAAGCCCCCCUCUUCUUCCGCCAGCUGGUUGUGGGAUUAUGCUGUUGGCUAUUAUUUGCUGGAGUUCCUGCUCUGGAUCAGCACCUUUGUGCCCAGCUUGGUGUGCUGGAUCAACCGCUUCUUCUUCUGGCUCCUCUUCAGCUCCCGGGUGGAGAACGUUGCCAUCAGUUACAAGAUCUUCAACUACGAGUGUCGCUUCAAGCAGCACGUUCAAGACUGGGCCAUCCCCAUUGAGAAGACGAAGGAAGCUCUGCUGGAGCUGAAGGUCGCCUUAGAGAACAACCCCAAGAUGGUGGCUCACUACCCCGUGGAGGUGCGCUUCGCUCGGGGGGAUGAGAUCUGGCUGAGUCCCUGCUUCCAGCGAGACAGCUGCUAUAUGAACAUCAUCAUGUACAGGCCCUAUGGGAAGAACGUCCCCCGCCUCAACUACUGGCUGACCUACGAGGGCAUCAUGAAGAAGCACGGUGGGAGACCACACUGGGCAAAGGCCCACAGCUGCACCCGGAAGGACCUUGAGAAGAUGUACCCAGCCUUCCCCAAAUUCUGCUCUGUCCGGGAGAAGCUGGACCCCAUGGGGAUCUUCCUGAAUGCCUACCUGGAAAAAGUCUUUUACUGA